AUGCAGGGAGCGCCAAUCUCGGCAGAACAGAUGAUUACCAUUAUUGAGAAUUUCCCAUCACAGAUCAAAGCCAUGGCUAGCCGGCUCUCAUUAUGCAACGAAGGCCCAUUUCCUUUGGACCAUGACGACUUUCUCCAUAGUAACAUCAUGAGCUUUGACGUAACUGGGAUUAUCGACUGGGAGGGAGCAUGUACAGUUCCCUGGGAACUUAUCGCAUUCCCUGAAUUUCUUUCAGCCAUGCCUGCCUCUUUUGACCUUCCUGACAAGUACGACCAGAAUGGGUACCCGUUAGAUGAGGAAUCACGAGAAAGAUGGCGCGAGCGACAAGAGUAUAUCGAAAUGGUCAGAUCAGCCGAGCUUCAGGAUCAUCUGCUCUCAGACUGCCUUAGCAGCAAAAGGAGUCAGGUUAUAUCUUAUGUAUAUGGAGCAUAUACUGGAAUUGGAAAAAUGGGGCUUUAUGAUCAAGUUUUGGAGGAGUUACGUAGAGAGGAUCUAAGGGAGACAUGA